UUUUUCCGCAUUAUUACUUUGAUCUAAAUUUUGCCAUUGAUUUAAGACAUCCUAAAAAUUAGUAAAAUCUUUAUCCAGAUUCAAUGAAAAAAGAAAAGACUUGAUUUCUGCCGAACACUUCGUAUGCCUAAUUAAAUCCAAACUCAUUGUGUUUCAAACAAAGAUUUAUAUUAAAAGACUCCACUUUGAUCUGAGCGUUUCAGUUUUUAUUUCAAUUUGUCUUCAUCUCAAAGUCGGAAGUCCAUGAAGUUUUGGUUUUGAAAACGCAUUUUUACAAGUGGAAACACUUCAUUGAAUCGAGGGCUAGUUGAGCAAUCUGUUAAAGCACAUUUCAUUGGAAUUUUGAGGCGCCCCAGAGGUUUUGAGGCGGAUUUAGUGUGGUGGGUUUCGCAUGGUUUGAACAGCUGAAUUGGGUUGGAAUUGAGUUUUUGAAGUUUUUGUCGGUGCGUUUUGAAAAAUAGUCGUGAAUGAGGGUGAGAUGAAAGGAGUGUAUGUGUGUUUUAGAUGACGAUGACUGGAGGGUCAUUGGGGAUUCGUUCUGGGAGUUAUGGAUCUUUGGAUAAACAACAGUUACAGGACGGUGGAGGCUUGUUGCCGAUCCAACAAACUUCGAUACGUAUUAAGCCUUCAAAGAUGUUCAAGGAGAAGGAUGGUUUGGUGGCCUGGAUCUGUAAAUUUGCCGGCCGCAAGAAGGUUGGAAUGCUGUUACUAUCUGUUAUCUCCGCAGCCGUUUUCGUCUGGGUUUUGUAUGUUGGGAAAGGUGAAGAUACACAGGAGAUAGACCAUGUACCGAUCAUUAGUUUCAGUGGAAACUUUACUGUAAAUUAUUCUGAAUCUACACCAAUAUACAGAGAGCAAACUGAAAAUAUGUACAAUCAGAAUUCUUUUAACAAUACGAACAUUCAUAAUUCUUUUAUCACCGUGAACAAUCUGAAUAUUGUAGUGAACACCGGGGAAGCAAUUGAAAAUAGGAUUUCUCCCCCUCCUACUCCUUCAUAUUUUCUGGGUUACACUCUUCCACCAGGGCAUCCAUGUAAUAGUUUCACAUUACCUCCCCCACCAGCAGAUAAAAAGAGAACUGGACCACGGCCAUGUCCAGUAUGUUACCUUCCUGUGGAAGAAGCCAUUGCCUUAAUGCCAAGUGUCCCCUCAUUUUCUCCGGUAGUAAAGAAUUUAACAUAUAUUGUUGAGCCAGAGUUGAACAGAGAUACAGAAUUUGGAGGCUCAGACUUUGCUGGAUAUCCUACUUUAGCACAAAGAACUGAUUCUUAUGACAUAAGAGAGUCAAUGAGUGUGCACUGUGGGUUUGUCAAAGGAAAACCUGGACGCGGGACAGGAUUUGACCUUGAUGAGGAGGACCUUCUUGAUAUGGAGCAAUGCCGUGGAAUAGUUGUUAUAUCAGCAAUUUUUGGGGCUUUUGAUGAUGUAAACCAGCCAAGCAAUAUUAGUGAAUAUUCCAGGAAAACUGUAUGCUUCUUCAUGUUUGUUGAUGAAGAAACAGAAGCAUAUUUGAAAGCCAAUAGUGGUCUUGACAGUAGUAAGAUGAUGGGGAUAUGGAGAAUUGUUGUUAUACAUAAUAUUCCAUACACUGAUGCGAGGCGGACUGGAAAGAUUCCAAAGCUUCUGCUACAUAGGUUGUUCCCCAAUGCCCGCUUUUCAUUAUGGAUUGAUGGGAAACUUGAGCUUGUUGUGGAUCCAUAUCAAAUUCUUGAAAGGCACUUGUGGAGAAAAAAUGCUACUUUUGCAAUUUCUAGACAUUAUAAGCGCUUUGAUGUCUUUGUGGAAGCUGAGGCAAAUAAAGCUGCUAAGAAAUAUGUUAAUGCUUCUAUCGACUUUCAGGUUGAGUUUUAUAAAAGUGAGGGAUUGACUCCAUAUUCUGAGGCUAAGCUUCCAAUUACAAGUGAUGUCCCUGAAGGAUGUGUCGUAAUCAGAGAGCAUGUUCCUAUCAGCAACCUUUUUGCCUGUCUUUGGUACAAUGAGGUUGAUCGUUUUACUUCCAGGGAUCAACUAAGUUUCUCCACUGUGAGGGAUAAAAUUGCAGCAAAGACAAAUUGGACAGUUAAUAUGUUCUGGGAUUGUGAAAGAAGGAAUUUUGUAGUUCAGAAAUAUCAUAGAGAUCAUAUCUUUCUGCCGCCCAUUCCUGUUUCAUUUAGCCCUCCACCACCCCCGCCCUCACCCCCACCUCCAUCACCACCACCACCACCACCACCAUCACCACCACCAGUUUUGUUUCAUGACAUACCGAAGAAAUUGCCAAAUGAAUCUUCUGGAGGAAGGAUUGUAAGUAGUCCUGUGAGAAAGGCCACUCCAAGGCAUAGCCGGAGGUCUGGAUCUAGGCGUCAUCGCAAAGCUGUUGCCGUUGGUAGGGGCCUUGAUUCAAAUUAAAAUUUUGUUCUACCCAAAACACCAUUCUUUUUCUUACCUGCUGGAAAACCCAUUACCAGUCUGGAAGAUCAAUGCGAGAUGAGUAUUGUAGCUUUAUUUCCUCAAUUUUGUCUGAAUACUUUAUGGAGUUGGGUAUUUAUAUUCAUUUAUUUUUGUGUAUAUAUAUUAUUAUAAUUUUGGGUUGCCAUCAUAUUGCAUUCAUCUGGUAACCCUUUGCAUUCAAACAGCUGCAUCGUAUUGAAACUCAUUUGUUAAAUUGUUACAGUGACGGCUUUUCUCUUCUUUACUGAGAAGUAAUAAAAUCCAAAGGACUUUUGCUGAA